UAACUCUCCUUCACAAACAUGCCCCGCAUCUGUCUGCAGCAGUUCACCCACCCAGUGCCACCCGUCGAAGUAGACGUCCACACACACCAUCAUGAGAUUCACAUUCGUCUCCAUCUGUAUAGCCUGUCUCGCAGCUGUGGUCCGAGCACAGUUUGGAGGCUUUGGCUUCAGUUCCUUUGGAGGCUUCGGUCUUGACAGUCCAUUGACUUCUGCCAGAGAUCCCAGACAGAACCCAGGUCCCGUUGUAUUCCCACCAGCGCCGCCAGAUAACGGCGAAACCAGCGGAGUCGUUGCAGGAGCUUCCGGCUAUGGAUUCGUGCCACCAAAUAGUCCAAGUUCUAGAUCGCUAAAUCUCCUUUAGAUGGUUGAUGCUUUAGGUAUAUAGGAACCAAAAGGAGGACCAGGAUCUAGAUUCAGGUACUUCGCAUUCUUCUAGCCAUCAUAACCAAAACCCAUAUUGUAUCCAUCUCAACCAGAAUCUCAUCAUAACCUUUAAGUUGCGUAUUUGUACAGGGUGUUAAACACUGCCGUUGUAAAUACUAAGUUUAUGAUUCGCCAAUUUUUGUUUGUCGGUGUGCCUAUUAAAGCUAUUAUUAUUUUUUUAAAUGUAGAUCCCGUCUUAGACUAAGUAUUUAAUUUACCUAGUUUAAAUGAAAUGACUAUGCUUAUGCAAAUGUCGACAUGUGCAAUAUUAUGAAUCUUAUUUAUUUUAAAUAAAUUAAUUUUUUUUUAGUAUAUUAAAUUGAUGU